GAAAGACCCAUUGCCUUGUCGACCGUCUUGGAACAGAAAUUAGAAGACGGGUAAUCUCCUAUUGGGCGAAAGUCACGCUUCCCAUCCCCAACGAGCUGACUUCUUCGGCAUUGCCCGAGGAACAGGAUGGUUACCAAGAUCCUCAGCAAUGGCCACGGGCUGUUACAUGUUGGCAGCGCUUCGGCUGAGGACGAAGUUCACGCUACCCGUCGGGUUAACGAAAGAGAGCCAGGCGCCCCAAGUCCAGCUGCACCCCUUCAAGUCGGACGACGAACGAGGCGGCCUCAUCGUCAAGGUCCGGCCACCCAAGGAGCCCGCCAACCGCGAGCCUCACCAUGUCCCUUGCGAUAUCGUUCUGUGCAUAGAUGUCUCCUCAAGCAUGAAUGCCGCAGCCCCGGCGCCUGCGACAUCCGACGGAGACCAGGACUGCCUGAGCAGCCUGGAGGGUGUGGUAACAGGAGGAGGAUUGACGAGGGACCCCGAGACCGGUUUGGUUAAUGGGUUUAGCACGCUUAAGGGGACACGAGCGAAGUUGUUGACGAGAGAACAGAGGAGAGAUGUGGCGUCCUUGUGUACAUAACUUUCAAAACCCUGUGGUUAUCAUUGGCGGGACGCUGGAAUGGUUUCUGCCAUCGCAUGAAGUAUAAGCGUUCACAUAAUACCCUACAAUUAAGUCGCGCGGGAAACACGAGCCGUUGAGCCGGGUCGAAAUUGAUCUAAUUAUCUUCUUACGUGAGAUGAUGGCGACCAGCGCAGAACCAAUUGAUCAGAUAUUGAAUAUGAAGAAC